AUGUCAGACUGUAAUCCUGUUACUACUCCCAUAGAAAGGGACCCAUAUUUUGGGAAAGCUGACAUAAAGACAAUUGAAAAUGUUCCAUAUCGAGAAGCCGUAGGCGCACUAGCAUAUCUCAUGGUUGGAACACGUCCAGAUAUAGCUUAUGCUGUGGGUGUUGUAUCUCGCAAAUUAGAAUCUCCUUCCAAGGAAGACUGGCUGAGAGUAAAGAGGAUCUUGCGCUACAUAAAAGGCACUCGCUGCUAUUUAAUAAAGUACAAAGCUGGACAUUUGCCUGGUGUACUUGAAGGUUUUAGCGACGCAGAUCAUGGAGGAGACCAUGACACCGGACGCUCGACAACGGGAGUAACUUGUCGAUACUCAGGUGGAGUUAUUUCUUGGAUAAGUCAGCGUCAAGCAUCAGUAGCGAUAUCGACUACAGAAGCAGAACUAGUAGCUGCAAGCGAAGGUGCGAGGGAACUCGUUUGA